AUGAAUACAGUAUUACAUGAUACUAUGAUGCUUUGUUUAACCAAUGGCCAAUGUAUUAAAUUAAGUACAUAAGUGAGAAUACUAUUUGAAGUAGAAGACUAAAUAAUUGCAUUUCCAGCCAUCAUAAACCAUAAGUAGAUGUGA